GGAUAAGGUAAACCCGUUUUCCAAACAGAUGUUUCUCGUUUCAGAAACUAUACCGAUUGCAACCCCUAAUUUGACAGUCCCGGUUCCUCCUUGAUCUCUCCGACUUCGUAACCGAUCAGAAUUAACCACCGGAAAAGUUCACGGAGAUGGCUACGGCCAUUGGAGGAGGCAGUGACAUUGAGGUCGGAUUUGCGAAGCUUCAAGGUGAGGAUUUCGAGUACUAUAUGCAAUCAUACUCCAUUAUGCUCGGCCGGAAUUCUAAGAAAUCGACCGUCGACGUCGACCUAUCAUCCCUUGGCGGCGGGAUGAACAUUUCGCGCAACCACGCUCGGAUCUUUUAUGACUUCACGCGCCGCCGCUUCUCCCUAGAGGUCCUUGGCAAAAAUGGCUGUUUCGUUGAAGGCGUUCUCCAUCUCCCUGGGAACCCGAACGUCAAGCUCGACUCACAGGACCUUUUGCAGAUCGGAGACAAAGAGUUCUACUUUCUGCUUCCGGUACGGAGUAUCCUAGGCGGGCCGUUAGGACCUAGGCACCACAUCUCAGGGCAUACUAGUGCCGGCACAGUUGUUCCGUACCAAAGUUACCAUUCGGGUCCUGGUUCUGGGUCGGGUAAGAAGAGUGGACGGAGUAGAGAGUUAUAUGAGUAUGAUGAUGAAGAAGAUGGUGAAGCCGAUGAUGAUGACGAAGAUAUCAGGGGCACUGGGAAGAAAACAAGGAGAGAUGGACAUGAAGAGUACGCUUCCGGAGAGAAGAAGAGAGAAGGAAGAGCAAAGGUAGAUCGUGAAGCUGAUGAUCAACAAGUUUUGCAGCUGGAGGAAAAGGAUGUUGUAUCAUCUGUUGCCACUGUGCUUUCUGAUUUGUGUGGUCCUGGAGAUUGGAUGCCUAUGGAAAAACUUCAUUCGGUGAUAUUGAACAAGUAUGGAAACGUAUGGCAUCACAGUCGAGUAAGAAGAUACCUGACACAAGAAGAUUGGGCCAUCCCUGAAGCAAAGGGUAAACCAUGGUACGGUCUGCUGAUGCUGCUGAGAAAAUACCCGGAGCAUUUCGUAAUCAACAUUAGAUCAAAGGGAAAAGUUACGCUAGAAUUUGUAUCCCUCGUCUCCCUACUCUCAUGAAACCAUAAUCAACAACAUGGUUGUGCUUGUUUUGGUAGUGCAGAAAAAUUGUUAUAUCUUUUCAUGUCAACCACGAAUUGAGUGUAUAAAUGGGGUUAAUUAAGCUCUUUAUCUUCGUUUGCUUUAUUUAUGAAUUGUGGAACGUCUUUGCU